AAACAAAAACAAUGUAUGAUCUGGAGCUGUAAAAUCAGUGCACUUUUUUAUUUUUGAGAAACACAAGCGUUUGCUCUUUCUUUCGGAUAUAUGCACGUGUCUCUGCAUGUAAACUACAAAAGCACCAAUCAAUGUGAGUCAGAAGGAAAUUGUCAUCUGCCAGAUGUGUGUGAUACUCCUGCGAGGUUCGUCUAUAAUAUUGUGUGAUUAUCGCGCUUUACCUAAGUAGCGCGGCGCACUCUCUUUGAUAUAAUCCGCACUUUCGAGAGCUGCAGAACAGUAAAACCACUGCGCCAGCUUUGUGUUUCAUGAGGUUCAUACCUGUGAAAAAUAUUCUGAUCCGAGAACAGGCUUAGAGCGUUUGUUGAGAGAGCCACGUCUUCUAUAUGUCAACUGUGUUAUGUCAUCAUUAAAUGGUUGGGCAGCUUCAUUUGAUCAGGAGGAAAGAAGUCAGGACCAGAUCAGCACCAGUCUUUUGAACAGCUCCCUCUAUUCCUCUCAUUUGUGUGUAUUUCUCUUGAUAAUUUCAAUCCGGAUGGGCAAUAUAUCUUUGAUAUUUUAAGCAACUUUCAUUUCAAAUGGCAUCACCCAGAUUCUGGUCUUUUGCAGCCGAGAAUGAGGGGAAUAACAGCAACCAAAACCCCGGCACACCAAGAGCUUGGUGUCAAGCCGCACAAAAAUUCACUGGAGAAAUCGGCUCAAAACUGUGUGCACUUCUUUCUACUGGGGAAGGUGAAAAAGCAACGAAUCUCGCCGCUAAACAAGAGGGAGCGACUUUAGAGACAUGCGGCUGUAAGGAGCCUUGUACCUGUUCUAAAAAUAAUAUUGAUUUCUCCGUCCUGUAUUCAACAGACCUCCUGCCUGCAAGCGAUGGAGAUACAGCAACAAUAGCCUUUCUACAAGAAGUUAUGGACAUUUUACUUUCGUAUAUAGUGAACACAUUUGACAGGUCUACAAAAGUCAUUGAUUUCCACUAUCCAAAUGAAUUACUUCAAGCUAACAAUUGGGAACUUACUGAAGAGCCAGAAACCCUGGACGACAUAUUAUUGAACUGCAGAUCAACAAUGAAAUAUGCUGUUAAAACAGGCCACCCCAGGUACUUCAAUCAGCUUUCUACAGGAUUAGAUAUGGUUGGUUUAGCAGCCGACUGGCUGACAUCUACUGCUAAUACUAAUAUGUUCACCUAUGAGAUUGCCCCAGUGUUUGUCCUGAUGGAAUAUGUCACUCUAAAGAAAAUGAGGGAGAUGAUUGGCUGGCCAGAUGGCAGUGGAGAUGGAAUAUUCUCACCAGGUGGAGCGAUAUCUAAUAUGUAUGCAAUGCUGGUGGCUCGAUACAAGAUGUUCCCUGAAGUGAAGGAGAAGGGAAUGUCAGCUGUUCCAAGACUGGUUGCCUUCACUUCUGAACAUAGUCACUUUUCUAUUAAGAAGGGGGCAGCAGCUUUAGGAAUUGGCACAGACAGUGUUAUUUUGGUCAAGGCCGAUGAGAGAGGUAAAAUGAUACCCUCAGACCUUGAACGAAGAAUAAUUGAAGCCAAACAGAAGGGCUGUGUGCCGUUCUUUGUAAGUGCUACAGCUGGCACUACAGUGUUUGGAGCGUUUGAUCCACUCAUUGCCAUUGCAGAUGUGUGCCAGAAACACAAAGUCUGGAUGCAUGUUGAUGGAGCCUGGGGUGGUGGAUUGCUGAUGUCCAGGAAGCAUCGAUGGAAACUAAAUGGAGUCGAAAGGGCCAAUUCUGUCACAUGGAAUCCGCAUAAGAUGAUGUCCGUCCCAUUGCAGUGCUCUGCUCUGCUAGUCAGAGAAGAGGGAUUGAUGCAGAAAUGCAACCAGAUGCAUGCCUGCUACCUCUUCCAGCAAGACAAGCAUUACGAUCUGUCCUAUGACACUGGUGACAAAGCCCUGCAGUGUGGUCGCCAUGUUGACAUUUUUAAGCUGUGGCUGAUGUGGAAAGCCAAGGGCACCAUAGGCUUUGAGGCACAAAUUGACAAGUGCUUGGAGCUCUCAGAGUACCUUUACAACAAAAUAAAGAACAGGGAAGGCUACGAAAUGGUCUUUGAUGAAAAACCUCAGCAUACAAACGUUUGUUUCUGGUACCUGCCACCGAGUCUUCGCUAUGUGGAAGACAAGGAGGAGCGAUUGAGACGCUUGAGUAAGGUAGCGCCAGUAAUCAAGACCAGAAUGAUGGAGUAUGGGACCACAAUGGUAAGCUACCAGCCACAAGGAGACAAGGUGAACUUCUUUCGUAUGGUCAUCUCAAACCCAGCUGCAGCUUUUGAAGACAUUGAUUUCCUUAUUGACGAGAUUGAACGACUUGGGCAGGACUUAUAGGCUGGUGUUUUCGUAAAUGUCCUGAAUUGUUAGACAAAGGAAGCGUUUGUUGUGAAUGUACCAGUAUUUUAUUUUCUCCAAAAAUGAUUUAUUUCUGUAUUGUGGUGUAGCAGUGAACAACAGUACAUCAAGAACAGCUAUAAUUAAAUGUUAAGUUAAGCUUUUGUCUGUCAUUUGUGUCUGAACUAGAAAAUUGUAUUUUAUCUAGUUAAACUAAACCUACAUUGUUCAAAACGUGAAAAUAGUUUAACAUGUUGAGAGAUUCAUUUGAGAUUACAAUAAAUGAUAGUAAGACAUGGGCAUGGGCAAAAAAAGGUUCCAGCAGUCUUUCUGAGGUAAAAUCAGGUCUUUACAUGUGACAAUCUCUACAUUAUAAGCUUGAACCUUUAAGUUACAAGUUAGAAAUAGUAACAAAACCAUUGCACAAGCACACUGGAAACAAAACCAUUGCACAAGCACACUGGAAACAAAACCAUUGCACAAGCACACUGGAAACAAAACCAUUGCACAAGCACACUGGAAACAAAACCAUUGCACAAGCACACUGGAAACAAGGUAGCACCUUGCUGAUAUCUAAAUCACUUUUUGAGCAUCAGUAGUUGUUAUUAAACAGAAUUUGCUCUGUAAUGACACUGACAAUUAUUCUGAGAUUUUUUUAUUUUUUUAUUUUUCACUCAAGCACUUUUCGUUAAUUGCCAAGCAGUAUUGCCAAAUAGAUUCACAGUAUUGAGAUUCAGUGCAAGUGCAUUUUUUUAUUAUCGGGGGCCUGAACUGAAUCAAAAUGAUGAUGCUUUCAUAACCAGUACUGUACGUGACAUAGCAUUGGCAGCUUCUUAAAAUUUGAUUUCAUUCAGGUCAUGUGUAAGAGGGCUCAUUUUCACACAAAGCAAGCUCAAAUAGUUUAUAACAGCGAGUGUCUCUCAGCUCUUGAAUAUCUACUGUCAUAUAUUGUAUACUUUCAUUUGGCUGAUUAAAUAUGUACUUAAUGAAAGCACAACUGAACACAGAUACAAAUGUUUAAGUUAAUUUAGGUAAUGAAUUGCUAUAUAUUAUUUUAUCCACAUUUGUAUUACUGUUAUAUAUUAUUUGACUUAUAUUGUUGUGAUUUAUUGUGAUCAUAUGCUUAGUAAUUGCUAUGUUUUAAUUUAAGUAUAUACUGUGUAUUCAGGGUCAGGCUUUAUUGAAAAAGUGCCAUGGUGUCCAUCAAAAAUGUUGCACAGCAAAACAAAGUAUAAGUUCUAUUUUUAGAACUUUAGUGCAGGUUGCAAAAUAUUGUGCCAAGCCAUUUUAAAACCCUGUGUUUAAAGUCUUUAAGUGAUAUAGACGCCGUAUGAUGUGCCAAUAUUGUAAAGCUGAGCAGAAAGUGUAUAUGUGUGUCUGUAACUGUGUUGCCUUUGUAUGUACUGGAUUACUAGCCAGUGUAGUCUCCUCAGACUGCGGCUGUGCACUUUAGAGUCUAUGUGUGAGGUAAAGCUCAACAAGCUUGUGCUCUGUGUAUGGUUGUUUGUUUAUUGAUGUCAGGAGUGUUAUAGUAUGCGUUACCCACAUUGUUUAAAUGCCUUCAUCCCCGUGCCAGCUCUUUGACGUUAGAUGAAUGAAUGCUCUCAGUAUGCAGCUUUGUGUGCUGCUUCUCGUGUCACUGCUUACAUUGCGGGUUCCUCAGUGUUGAGAACGUCCAGUCCGUAAUGCGACUGUCUAACUUUGAACAUCUGCUUCCUGUAAUAUCAGAUUGAAAAGUGUUGCAAAAGGUGUUUGAGUUUUAAACCGGUUUUAUGACUUUGUAACUGAUCACAGGUAUAGUGUGGGGGGGUGUAUGUGUGUUUGUGUGUGUUUGCGUAUUUUACAAAGUUAACUUUGUUGAGCAAUUGCUUGCAUGGAAAACCACAUCUGCAACAUGAUGUGAUGUGGUAGACAGCUAAAAUAGUAAGCAAUCUGGGAAACAAUGACUCAAGAAUGGGACACAUACAAGCAGCUAAACAUAGAACAAUGCCCUGCCUUCCAUUAAUUCAACCUGGGGGCUUGGUUGCCUUUUAAUAAUCAUUUCUGUAUUACUGUGCAUGCAAUGAUUAAUCGAUACUACUGCUAUGACUGGUACUGCUUCUACUGCCUGUAAUACUGCUACGGCUCAUUUUACUUCUAUGACACCUUCGUAGUGCUUCAUUACUCGACUGCAGCAUGGCCGCGUUCGAUUGUUUCUGCUUAAAAAUCUUACUGUCCUGUGUUCUGCUAUAGCUUUGCAUGGUAUUGCUAGUUUAUAAUGGUAGUCAAAGAGUAGCUCACUAAUUGCCAAGUCAAUUGCAAAGCUAAUUGAAGAGUAGUGUAGCAUUGCAUGAUCUGCUGUAUCUGUGCUCUGUUUUGUACAGUCUGCACAGCUGUCUUUCUGAAACGCAGUUCAGCAAGUAUGACAAUGAGAAGCUUGCUGUCUCCAUGCUUGUAUCUGUUCUCCUUUGAAUGCAUUAGUCGCUAUUGAAGGCUUUAAAGCAGUGCUUGCUGUGCCAGCCAUAAAAAAAUAAAAAAUAUGCAUAGAUAUUAACUGUGCUUUACCUAGUUGACUUUCUGGCUUAUAUUUGUGCAUAUAUAUUUAAUGUAUCUUAUAUGACGUAUUUGACUUAGUUUAAAAGGCAAUCAGUUUAACAUGCCACCUAUGGUUCUGCUCUGCACAUACUCUAGUUUACUAUAGCUUACCAUGGUUUUUAAUAAGCUUUACUAUGGCUCUGUGUGCUUUACAGUGCUUACCAUGCUUUGACUACUGUUACUACAUUCCUAUGCUUGUACCACUCUAAACUUUAAGUAAGGGCCAUGUUGAAUUCAACUGAACUGAAUUGAAAAGAAGGAAGAUUUGAAUUUCACACUGUAACCCACUUCUCAAAUGAUAUACAGAUGCAGGCAUUUCAUGGCAUUGCUACAGUCGCAUUUCUGACAGUUUUUUGGAGCAAUAAAACUAAUUUAGCACAUUUGAUGUUAUUUGUGUCCCACAGAAUUGCAACUCUUAAAAUGAAUCCCUUAAAACAUUAGCUAAUAUAAAUUUUAAAGUAGCACUUCUAUGGAAAUAGACAUAUCAGCUUAAUGUCUCAUUCAAGUUUAAAACCUGAGG